UGUACCAGCAGAGCUUCCGUAGUCCGGAAGUGGUCACAGUCUGUUAGCCCUCAGCUAGCACACACACACACAGCACAAGGACAGAGGAUUCUCAGUGUUAAUUAAUCUACUUUUUCUCUCUGACUUUAUUUUUAAACCCUCUCAGAGUUGUUUGUUCUCCUGGAAUCUGAAGAUGCCUCCUAAAGCUCUGAAUCCUCUGGCCAUGAAGCUGAUGAAGGGAGUGAUCGCUCUGGAGCUGGUGGGCAUCUUUGGGGCGUACGGUCUGUUUCAGAUGAUGAACAACAGCCAAGAUUUCAGGAGCAGCGUGAACAGGAAGUUUCCAUCCGUGCUGGAAGUUUAUUACCAGUCCAACGAGUGGGCCGGCGUCUACGGGGUCCGAGAGAGAGACCACGAAGCCUGGUCGGCCAAACAGGAGUGACUCUGUGGGUCCUUUUAAAUCCACGACAUCAAACACACGGCAGCCGUUACUUCUUCCUCUUCUUGUUCCCGAGCGCUUUGCCUCCCGCCCUCGCUCGGCCGAACGACUUCUUCUUGUUGAACAUCGUCUUCUUCUUGCGCAGCGUCUUGGCGUCUCGGCCUUGGAUCCAGUCGUCACGUUGAGCCUCCCACUUCAGCUGCUUCACACCUGCAGGGACAAAGAGGAGGAGUCAGAGAGGACGAGAGGAGGAGUCAGAGAGGACGAGAGGAGGAGUCAGAGAGGACGAGAGGAGGAGUCAGAGAGGACGAGAGGAGGAGUCAGAGAGGACGAGAGGAGGACGAGACAAGGACACUUUAACCAACAACACCUCUGGGUUCAUGGAUCUGAAGCACAAUGACACAAUCACUGAGGUUCACUCACUGACACGGUUUAUAUAAAGUCCUGGUGGACAAACACUGGAAACCCUUCACUGUUAUCAUCUGUGUCUGUUUGAAGCUGAUUGUCAUCCUGACUCAUUUCCUCUCUCUGUGGAGGAAUCAUUAAACCAGCUGGUAUCCAGCAAACUCCCUAAACA